GCACAUCUGGGUGGUAUGAUGGAUAGAACAGAUCUGAGUUCAAACCCUAGCUGUGUGAUCCUGGGCAAGUUGCUUAAUAACCCUAUUUGCCUCAGUUUCCUCAUCUGUAAAAUGAGCUGGAGAAGGAAAUGGCAAACCAGUUCAGUAUCUCUGCUAAGAAAAUCCCAAAUGGGGUCCGGAAGAGUUUGGAUGUGACUGAAAACAACCGAACGACAACAAACUCUGCAAAGUGAAUCAGACUUUGAGUGCCUUAUACUAGUUGUUGUUUUUUUAAGGUAAAUUGAAACCUCUUUUUCAUACCACACACAGUAAAAACUGACCCCUUGGACUCUGGAACAGAAAUUCUUCCCCUGCCCUCCCCGGGAGCUGCGAGGUCUGGUCAAGCUCUGCGCCUGCUCCUCCCUAGCUCCGGGCCUGUGGCCGCUACUGCCCUCCCUUCUAGCUGUCUUCGGCUCCCACUUUUCCCAAGUCCGAGCCUCUGCAGCCGCCAGCUAGGGAAAAUGAGCUGUGGGCAGCGGCUUCUGCUGGAGAACGCCCAGCAAAUGGUGCUGGUCUGCUCCCGGGGCGAACCCUACCUGGUAGGGGAGGCGAUGCGGAGCCUGGCCGUGCUGGAGAACGCCAGCCUGGUAGUGGGCAGAGAUGGUUACAUAAAGGCCAUAGGCCCUGCUGCUGCCAUCCGAAGAGAAUUUUCAGGAGUAUCAUUUGAGGAAAGGAUUGAUUGCUCUGGAAAAUGCAUUCUCCCAGGUUUGGUGGAUGCUCACACUCAUCCAGUGUGGGCUGGGGACCGAGUCCAUGAGUUUGCAAUGAAGCUUGCAGGUGCUACCUAUAUGGAUAUACACCAGGCUGGAGGAGGGAUAAACUUCACGGUCGAGUGCACCCGGAAUGCUUCUGAAGAGGAGCUUUUCAGUACUUUCAAAUAUCGACUGCUUUGUAUGAUGAGGGCAGGGAGCACCUUGGUAGAAUGUAAGAGUGGCUAUGGCUUGAACUUGGAGACAGAGCUGAAGAUGCUGAGAGUAAUUGAAAGGGCUCGGAGGGAACUGGACAUCAGCAUCUCCUCGACCUACUGUGGAGCUCACUCAGUGCCCAAAGGGAAAACUCCAGCUGAAGCUGCUGAUGACAUUGUCCACAACCACCUCCCUAAGCUACAGGAACUUUGCCAACGGGGAGAAAUUCACGUUGACAAUAUAGAUGUGUUCUGUGAGAAAGGAGUCUUUGACCUCCAUUCUACCAGGAGGAUUCUUCAGAAAGGAAAAGAAAUAGGGCUACAAAUGAACUUCCAUGGAGAUGAGCUCCACCCGAUGAAGGCUGCUGAGCUUGGAGCUGAGCUAGGAGCCCAGGCAAUUAGCCACUUGGAAGAAGUCAGUGAUGCAGGUAUCACUGCUAUGGCAACUGGGAAAUGUUCAGCAGUCCUUCUCCCCACCACCGCCUACAUGCUGAGAUUGAAGCAACCCCAAGCAAGGAAGAUGUUAGAUGAAGGAGUAAUCGUUGCUCUUGGCAGUGAUUUCAAUCCUAAUGCGUAUUGUUUUUCCAUGCCCACUGUCAUGCACUUGGCCUGCGUGAACAUGAGAAUGUCGAUGCCUGAAGCUUUAGCUGCUGCCACCAUAAAUGCUGCUUAUGCCCUGGGACGAUCGAAUACUCAUGGAUCCCUCGAGGUCGGCAAAUGUGGAGAUCUCAUUGUCAUCAACUCACCAAGAUGGGAGCACUUAAUUUACCAGUUUGGAGGCUACCAAGAAUUAAUUGAGUGUGUUGUAGCUAAAGGAAAAGUCCUCUACAGAAAGGACAGCCGCAACCUCAAAGGGCAUGGAGAAGAAAGAUAAGAAGAGCAAGACUGAAGAUACGAAUGGAGUUCAGCUCUAGCCAGUGUGGAGAUUUGUGGUUUUUUCAAAGCAGAUAAAUUACAUUGAAACAAGUCCAGUUUGAGUUUUAGAUAACUGUAUAAGUUUGUAAUCAUUAGCAUAGAGAACUGAAAUGAAUAUUGACUUUAUUUUCCUCUGAACCCUUACUUUCUGACUUAGUAACAACUCUAAGACAGAAAGACAAGGUCUAGGCAGUGUGUUAAGUGACUUGCCCAGGAUCACCCCGCUAGGAAAUGUUUGAGUUCAAAUUUGAACCCAGGACCCUCCAAAUCCAAGCUUAGUACACUAUCCACUGUGGCACCUAGCUGCCCCAGCUGAAUACAUUUGUAAUCAUUAACAUGGGGCACUGCAAUGAGUAUUGGCUUUAGAGUCAGGGAAACUAGGUUCAAAUUCUGACUCUACCAAUUAGAGAACGUGUGACCUUGGCCAAAACAAUUCACCUCUGUGAGCCUUAGUUUCCUUAUUGGUAAAAUGGGAGAUUCUAAGGUCCUUUAUGCUUCUAAAUCUAUAACCUGAAUCUGAUUUUUUACUUUGCCACCACCAGAUCUCAGUGCCUUAGUUUUCCCAUCUGUAAAGUGAAAAGGAUUGACCCCUUCCUGUUCUAAAUCUAUGAUUUUAUGAAUCUGGAGCCAGAAGGCUUGGGUCCAACUCCCUACUCUUCUGUUUAUUACCUCUGUGACCUUGGACAAGGGCCUUACCCUCUCUGGGACUCAGUUUCCAUAUCUGUAAAAAAAGGUCCUAUUGCAUGACUCUCUGAGGUCCCUUCUAGCUCUAAACUUAUCAUCCUAUGAUGUUUUUGUUAUCUGUAUUCAGUGGAUAAAAUGGAUAACCCUACUUUGAUGAGAAACACAAUUCGAACAUUGAGUUUGUUUGGAUCUAUAAGACAGAGUCUGAACUUGUUAAUAAAAUGUUAAGUUACAGACCACAAUCAACAUUUGUAGGAAGAAAAUGAGGUGGUUUGAGGUAGACAUAGCUUGGAACUUCCCAUCUGUUCUAGACAAAUAGCCCUGUACUGAGACAACUUUUGCUCUUUGGAUAUCAGGCUCAGAAUCAUGUUUAGCAAAUAUAUGAAGUCCUGAAUUCAAGUUUCACCCAUGACAUAUCCUGAUUGUGUGACCCUGAGUAAGUCCCCUGCCCUCUCAGUGCCCUAGUAAUUUUUCCAAGAAAAAAUUUUUCUUUUAAAUUAGAGAGGCGGUACCAACCAAAUUGGUAGAAGGAGGUUGCCCAAUGGGAGUUCCCUAUUCCUUUAAAAUCACAAGUCUAGUAAAAAAAAAUGGAUGGUGUUGGGCCAGUUUUUACCUACAGGUGAAACUGAAAUACAAGAUGGUACCAGACCUCUUGGAAGAAGGAAGAGGUAUUUCCCUUUCCUUAGCAGUACUACUCUCUGUAUGUUUUAAGGUUGUCUUGAGCAAAUGCUCAAAGGUUUGAAUCUCAAAAGAAAAGAGAGUGGAAUGGGGGCAGUGAGGUGACUCAAUGGACUGAGAGUCAGACCUGGAGAUGGGAGGUCCUGGGUUUAAAUCUAUCCUCAUAUACUUCCUAAUUGUGUGACCCUGGGCAAGUCACUUAACCCCCAUAGCCUAGCCCUUUCUCUGCCUUGGGACCAAAUACAGUAUUGAUUCUAAGACAGAUGGCAAAGGUUUAAAAGAGAGAGAAAGACAGACAGACAGACAGACAGACAGACAGAGAGAGAGAGAGAGAGAGAGAGAGAGAGAGAGAGAGAGAGAGAGAGAGGAAGAAGGAAAGGGAGAAAGAGAGGGGGGAAUGUGAUUUUUGAUCAUCGUUCUUUUUUGAGCUUGUUCCUCUCUCCAUGUUUGAUAAACUCCGAGUAAAAUUCAAGGCUUGGGUCAAAAUUCAAGUCAGGGGUCAUAUUCUAACACCCAUUAUCAGAGCUAUAACUAGGGAGGGGUAACUAAGAUUUUCCCCCCACGGAAGCAAUUACAGGGUAUUGAAAGUGCUUUAGAAUCCUAGGAACAGAAGAGUUUUGUACCUAGUCAGCAAGAAUAAUUAGUAGAAAUAAGAAGUUACAAGAGGGCAGGCAGUGUGAGAGCUUACCCCCCACCCUAUUUCCCCUCCCACCUUCCCUAGAAGUGGUCAGUGCUGAUGACUUUGGUCUUCUUCACUCCCAACACUCCCUUGCUUCCUACCCCAAAACUGAGCUGAUGAGUGUGACUACUCUAUUUUCUUGACAUGAUUUGCAGUCCUUUCCCCAAGAGGCCUGCCUCUGACCUUUAAUGAUUCCCACUAAUGAUCCCCUUUAAUGAUUUCCAUUUAAUUUUUAUUACCUUUGAUUAUUAUACUUAUAUGUUUGUACAUAUCUAUAUCUAUAUACAUAUACAUACAUAAGUGUGUGUAGAUAGAUAUAGACAGACAGGCAGACAGAUAGAGAGAGAUGGAUAAAUGGAUAAAUAGAUAGAUAGACAAGACAGAUAGAUAGAUAGAUAGAUAGAUAGAUAGAUAGAUAGAUAGAUAGAUAGAUGGAGAGAUAGAUAGAUAGAUGAAUGGAUGGAGAGAUGGAUGAAUGGAUGGACAGACAGAUGAAUAGAUGAAUGGACAGAUGGAUAGAUAGAUGGACAGACAGAUGGACAGACAGAGGGCUAGAUAGAUAUAGCAAUAGAAAGAUAGAUAUAGCAAUAGAUAGAUAAAUGGAUGGAGAGAUAGAGAGACACAGAGAUAGACAGACAGAUGAUAGAUAGAUAGAUAGAUAGAUAGAUAGAUAGAUAGAUAGAUAGAUAGACAGACAGACAGACGGACGGGCGGGCGGGCGGACAGACAGACAGACAGACAGACAGACAGACAGACAGAUAGAUAGAUAGAUAGAUAGAUAGAUAGAUAGAUAGAUAGAUAGAUAGAUAGAUAAGCAGGUGGAUGGAUGGGUGGAUGGAUGGAUAGGUAGGUAGAUGGAUAGACAGACAGAAAAAGAGAUACCAAUAGACAAAUAUACCUACCUAGAGAGAUAUCAAACUUUCUCUUUUUUCUCUGCUUGUUUAAUGUAAUGUUGCACAUUUCAAUGACAAGCAAUUUUGAAAGACAAGAUCUGUGGCCAAUGGAAUGCCCAAUCACAACUUCAGAAGAUACCAGCGUAUCACUCAGCUCCAGACCAAGAGGUAAUCAAUUCAAGAUACAGAAGGAGAAAGACAUCUUUGGACUUGACUAGCAUGGAAAUUUGCUUUGCUUGACUAUGCAUAUUUGUUAUAAGUUUUUUUUAAUUGGAGGUAGGAGGUAGAAAAAAUAAGUUCCUGUUAAUUGAAGAAUAAAAUUAAAAAAUUUAAAAUAAUAUAAUGUUGCAUGAGGAUAUCACGACCUUCAUAUUAUGGAUAUAUUUUUAAAACAAACCUAAUAUACUGAUUUGCGUGAAAUUAUUUUAAAGUUUUAGUCCAUGAGAUUAUGAACGAAUAAUAUUUUGCCUAAACCCCUCUGAGGCCAUAGAUGAUUUCUUAAGAUUAUCUGUUGUGAACAGGUUGCUAAUGUGCAUCUAUAGAAAGAGUUUGGGGGACAGCUAGUUGGCUCAGUGGAUGGAGGGCCAGUCCUGGAGACUGGACAUCCCGGGUUCAAAUCUGACCUUUAUUUAAUUAAAAACUAAAAAUAAUGUUUAAAAAAAUAAUAAAAAAAAAGAAAGAGUUUGGGAGGAAGCUGGAUGGUAUGAUGUAUAGAAAGUUAGGCUUAGAAACAGAAAGUCCUGAGUUCAAAUUAGGCUUCAGAUACUUCCUAGCUGUGUGACCCUGGGCCAGGCACUUAAUUCCCAUUGCCUAGCUAGCUCUCAACACCCUUCUGCCUUGGAAUUAAUAUAGAGUGUUGAUUCCAAGCUGGAAGGUAAGGGUUUUUCACAACUACAGAAAAAAAAAUGUACACUGGGAAUUCUCUCCCUUGAUAAAAUCACUAUCCUGGACCAAAAGUUGUCCUAAUAGUAAUGAUAAAAAUCCACCUUGAGGUAAAGGCUACAAUGGAAGUCAUACUCAUCUUUUGAGUUCCACUGAAUGACUAAAUGAGAUUAAUGGAGGCAAUGUCCAGCUUAUAGUCCUAAAAACUCAGAGGUAAUAUGGAAACAACUGGCUCUGGGAUCACAGGACCUGGGUUUAAAGCCUACUUUUGGUGCCUUUAUCAUUUUACUUAAUGCCACUGGUCCUCAGAUUUAGAGCUCCUCAGAUCUGUAAAAUGAAGGAGUUGGGAACAGCUAGGUUCCAUAGUGGAUCAACUGGAGUUGGGAGGACUUGGGUUCAAAUAUGACUUUAGAUACUUCCUGGUUGUGUGACUCUAGGCAAGUCACUUAACCCUGAUUGCCAAGACCUUGCUGCUCUUCUGCCUUAGAAUAGAUACAAAGGCAGAAGGUAAAGGUUGAAAAAAAAAUGCAGGGGUUGGACUAGAUCACUCAAUACAUCUAUGAUCCUGUGAAUAUUUUCAAAUUAAAAAUAUUCAAAGAAAUGCAGUUUAACUUUCAAUUACACGCAGAAAGAAAAACUUAACAAAGCAUUGAGAUCACAUGGGGAAUUGAUUUAAUAAAAAGAAGGAACUUUUGGCAAUUAGUCUAUUAAUUUGCAUAUAAGUGAAUAUUUCAAAAACUAUAUUGUAUUUCUUUAAUGCAUUUGUAAUAAGGAUAUGUACGAUAGUUCUUCAGGCUUCCAUUUUGUCCUUCUCAGUUGUAAACUGUGAUAUCAGGAACCAUAUCUUAGCAGAAAUUUGUAGGAGGCAACUAGGUGGCACUGUAGGAGGAAUGAAGAAUCUGGAGUCUGGAAGACAGUACAAAUCCAAUUUCAGCCACUUACUCAUUGUGUGACCCUGGGCAAGUCACUUAACCUCUGUCUGCCUCAGCUUCUUCAUCAGUAAAAUGGGGACAAUAGUAGCACCUAUUUCUUGGGGCUUUAAAAAGGAUAAAAAUGAGAUAAGGAGCAGCUAGGUGACUCUGUGGACAGAGAGCCAGACUUGGAGAAGGGAAGUCCUAGGUUCAAAUUUGUUCUCAAAUAUUUCCUAGCUGUGUGACCCUAGGCAAGUCACUUAACUCCAAUUGCUCAGCCUUUAACACUCUUCUGCCUUGGAACCAAUACUUAGUAUUGCUUCUAAGACAGAAGAUAAGUGUUUAAAAAAUGUAUAUAGGACCUUAUCUCAACCAACCCUGAUGACAAGCUUGCUAUCAUUUAGUAAAUCGUUUCAGCAAUCAUCAUGGGGUACAAAAAAUCUGGUCCUGGUGAUCAGAACCUGGUGAUGAGUUUCUGGGCUGUUCCGAGACAACAGACACAAAAUGUGAAUCACCGUGUCCAUACUCCAACCCUCCCUGGCUUGUCAGGUCCUGCCAGAACUGGUAUUCAGUUGGCAUACAUAGCCAUUGAGACACCAGGCUCACCUUCAUGAGAUGAUCCAUGUUAGCCGCCAGAGCACUUGAAGAGAGAAUAUAAUGAAGAGCUCACUUGCAUGUUAAUCACUCCCCUCUGUUAUGGGUCUCCUUAAAAGACAUCAGAUUGAGACCUAGAAGGGCCCUUAGAGGUCAGCUAGUAUCACCCCUCAUUUUCCAGGGAAGAAACUGAGGUCCAUGGGGAUUUUGUAUGCAAGUCGUCUUGGGAGGGAAAUCAUUAAAUCAAUUAACCAACAAACAUUUAUUAAGCACCUACUGUGUGCCAGACCCUGGGAACAGAAAGACAAAGAAUGAAACAUUUCCUGCCCUUGGAGAAAUUACAUUCUAUGAGAGGAAAGAACACACAUCUAAUAAAUUUGCUUAUAUCUAAGUACAGUGACUUUCCAUGUCUCAACUUUUCUCAUCAUGGUUUUGAUUUAUUGUGGAUCAGCAUAAGAAAUUUAAUGGGAAUUUUGCAGAAGCCAUAGAGCGCAUACAAAUGUAAAUGCCAGCAGAUGAUGCAGAAAAAGCUUAGAAACUCAGAAAUGCAUAAAAUAUGUGUAUAGUAUAAUAGAAUAUAAACAUAUUUACUUUUAUUAAUGUUAAUACACAAUAUAAUUAAUAUUACUAUGCAUAUUUGCUUUUAAUACACAUGUUUAUCAUACUAAUAUACAAUUGCUAUUACUAUUAAUUCAUUAUUAAUUAAUAUGCCCAAUUACUUUUUAAAGUUAAAAGCGUUAAUUUGUGAAAAGAAGACAGAAGCCAAACAAUUUUACAUGGAUUUUCCAGAUCAUGGGGGUGCCGUGUCCCUAACCCCCUUGAUGUGGAAGGGAUUCCUGUGUGUAUUUGGAAAAAAUAAUUUGAUGAUAUUAAAGUUAUCAGCCACUUCA